AUGCCUUCCUUUUCCGAAAAGUUUGUUCAAGUAUUUCAAGAGCAUGAUUUAUCGAUUUUACUUGCUUUCUUUUCUGUUGUCGGAGCAUUCGUUAUCAUAGCGAAAGCACUUAGUUUCUGGAAAUUACUGUUUGACGUUUAUCUUCGACCUGGAAAAAGUCUAAAGCAAUUUGGUGCAGGCAAUGGUGCUUGGGCAGUAAUAACUGGAGCAUCAGAUGGUAUCGGUAAAGAAUUUGCUUAUCAAUUGGCAGCGGCGAGAUUUAACAUUCUUUUGAUAUCUCGCACUGAAUCAAAAUUACAGAAUUUAAGCAAGGAGAUUGAAAGUAAAUACCAAGUCGAAAGCAAAACAUAUGCAAUGGAUUUUGCCAAAGGAGAUAAAAAAGAUUAUGAAAACCUCAAGGAAAUUAUCGAAAAGUUAAAUGUUGGAGUAUUAAUAAAUAAUGUGGCAACAAAUCAUGAAAUCCCAACACCAUUUAUAUUGGAAACUGAUGAAAUUAUUAAUAACAUUGCUGAAGUCAAUAUUGCGGGAUUCUUAAGAAUAACUAAAAUUGUUUUACCCAGAAUGAUAUCAAGUAAUAGAGGACUUAUAAUUAAUGUUGGAUCGUUUUCUGGAAUGGUCCCUACUCCUUAUUUAUCAGUUUAUUCUGCUUCUAAAUCAUUUAUGAGCACUUUUUCAGCAGCAUUGGGCGCUGAAUUAAAAUCUAAAGGAAUUGUUGUUGAAAAUGUUAAUCUGUACUUUGUGAUAUCUAACAUGUCAAAGAUUAGAAAAUCAUCAUGGUUAGUUCCACAACCAAAGCCAUGUGUUAAAUCCAUAUUGUCCAAAAUUGGAGUGUCAGGAGGAGCAUCAAACGUUCCAUAUAGUUCCUGCGUAUAUCCAUCACAUGCUUUAGUUAAUUGGGUGAUCACAAACACAUUUAAUCAGAGUUUCUGGGUAGAUCGUGGAUUAGCUCAAAACAAAAAUAUCAGAGAAAGAGCAUUAAGAAAACGAGAAAGAGAAGCUGCCGCUUCUAAGGUUCAAUAG